GUCAGGCAGUAGUGUGCGGACCGGCAGUAUGGUGGAAUGCCAUGCUGUUGCAUAGGCCCUCACUGUAUCUGCGUGCAGCCCUCCUACUGGCCAUAUGUGUGGUGGUGCUGUUCAACUUCCACAUCCUCACUUCAUCCACCGACGCCACCUCAGAAUCCGGUGAUCCUCUGAACUCUGGCCUGGUCCCUAUCAUCAACCAGCUGAAUGGUGUCCCUCUCCAGCGCCGACUGACCAAUGUGCAGGAGAACCUUGCCUUCCUUCCCAGGAACAUCCACCUCCUGGACCUGAAGCAGAGUCUGGUAGUGCCAGACUUCAAAUGUGUGUUGUCUCAGACUGAUCCCAGCUUCCCAAUCUGUGUGUAUCCCCCUGAACAGGACAAGUUCAUCUCAGGGGCUCUUAUGCACAGUGGCGUGUGGGAGCCAUACAUUACUAAAGUCUUCAAGAAGGCUCUGCAGAAACACCCCAAUGCUGUGGUACUGGAUGUUGGAGCUAACAUAGGUUACUACAGUUUCCUGGCUGCAAAAAUGGGUCACAUGGUUGUAGCGAUUGAGCCAGCAGAGGAGAAUGUGUGGAGGUUUCACAAAGGUGCCCAGCUUGGUCGCCUCACAGAUGUCAUCUACCUGCUUCAGAACGCCAUGUCUGACAGACAUCAGAAUAUCACACUGAUCACCAACAAGGACAAUCAGGGAGGAAUCCGAGUUAGCGAAGGCGGUGGUCAAGGAGAGACAACUGCCACCGUUACCAUGGACGACCUUCUGUAUUUAAUGAGACCAGCAGAAGUUAUCAUAAAAAUUGACAUCGAGGGCUAUGAGUGCAAAGCGAUGGCGAAGUCUGCCCAACUGUUCCAGCAUGUUCAUGUGCCUUACAUCUUCAUGGAGUGGCAGCAGAUGUUCAAACAUCGCAUGUCUAACGCAGCCUGCCCACCAUAUGCCAUGCAGCAGCUUACAGACAUGCUCACACAGCGAGGCUACAUGGCACAUGAAGUUCGGACAGGCAUUAUGAUGAGCCCAGAGGAGUGCACAACCAGGUGGCGAGUUGGAGACAUCUACUGGAGACAUCAGACACAACCACUGCUGUUCCCGCCACUUUGAGGGGCAGCUACACUGGAGCGUCUGCUCCUGUGCUCCUGAUUCUCCACGGUCACCAGGGGGUGUUGAUGGUGUUUUGCAGUUUAUUGCAAGGUCCUUGAAUGUAAGCUCUUCUGAUUUAUAUUCAGAGAGUUACGAUAGACCUACGAUUCGUCUGUUUUGAGAACAAGAUCAAACAGAAGAAAGGUUGUACUGACCUCCCCACAGGUGACUGACAAUAUCUGGCCUGUGGUGACAGCUUUAUAACAGCUAUUUUGCAUAUAUGAGGAAAAAUAAUGUGCAAACUUUUAAGCUUGAACAGGUGCACAGAACAAUCAUAAGGAGGCCUUUUUUUGGUAAUCUGGUUUGCAGAAUAUUUACCCCCAAAUGACUAAGCACUAUUAAAGUGGUAGUCAGAAACAAAGUAACAUAAAAUAUUGAAAAUAUACAAAUAAGUAUUCUCGAUGAGAGGAACUGUGUUUUGGUCUAAACAACUAUUUUGUAUAACAAAAGGUUACUUCUGUUUCCCUUUUGAACCACUUUGAGCAUGUUGAAUUAUAAUCAGUUCUCAACAAUUCUAUCUUCAAAAAAAAAACCUCUUAAAAUUUUACUUUAUUCCAAAAUUUACUGAUUCAUAAAUCAAGAAAUUGGAAAACAACUGUCUCAAGUGAACUGCUUUAUUCAUAACAUGUAACCAAACUUGCAAUUCAAGAGCAAUACUUGACUACGAAAGCACUGCUUCAUUAUAACAUAUAAAUAUAUAUAUGCAUGUAUGUAAUGUGUGAAACACCUGCUGUCCUUUCACAAACAAAAUAAGGAUCUCACUGAAUACAUGCUUACACACAUUGUCUCAUGUAAUGAGAAUUCCAAUCAAUGAAACAUUAAUUAAAUGCCUUCAUCAAUUGUUUCAGAAGCAAAAUGUAUUUUUGACUAUAAAACACUUCAUCUGCAUGUGAUGUCUGACGCUCCCAAUGCUGAUUGUGAUAGACAUAUGCACUGCUUGUUUUCCUAGGGUAGUUUGUUUUCAAGUGAACACUACAUAUAUUCCUCACAAUAUCUAUUUUUUUAUAUCAACCUGUAUAUUGGAUAAGACUGUUGCUGCUUACUGGUGUUGAACGAAUGUAGCUCAAUAAGUCAAUUACAUCUUAAUUAAUAUUGUUUUUUUACCAUUUAGUAAUAUUGAUUUCAGAAAAGUUACACUUUGUGUACUCUAUAUAUAACUGAAAUACACUUUUGAUACAUAAGAUAGAGAGCAGAUGGCAGUAUCUCCUCGUUUUUAAGCUGACACUGAAAAAUUCUGGUAGAUUUGCUUGGUACUGUUUGUAUUUUGGGUUGUUGCAGUUAAGGUAUUGCUAAUGCAGCAUGCUCCUGUCCUCAUACUCUUCCCCAAAAAAAUUUUGUAAGCCAAAGCUUUCAGACUGACAAUGUUGAUAUUGAUAUCCAGUUUCCUGCUCAGAUUACAUUAUCAUUUCCCAAGAGUUGCUUCUUGUGAGUGCAGUGUGAUACAGUCCUAUCAUCAGGCCAGACAAAUUUAUUAUCUUAUUUAUGGAUCUGUAUACUCUGAAAAUUCAUUAAAGUUAAAAAAGGAUCAUAUAUUUUGGGUUAGCUAUAUAUUUAGCUUCUUGGCAGGUUGAUGACCAAGAAAAUCUAGAAACAAGAAAUUAAAUCGAUCAAGUUUUAUUGUUUUAGGAAGACAUAUAAUACACUGGAAUUUUAAUAUCACAACUUUUUACAAGAUGUGGUUGCUUAGUAUAAUAGCAGACUUUCUGAUUUAUGGACGGCUAGGUUAGGGUCACACAUUCUCGCUCAUGAAUGAAGCAGUAUAUUUUAAGUUCUCCUUUCUAUAUGUGGACACAUGCUUCCAAUAAUCACACACCACAUAUCCCUGUCAUAAGUAGGUAUGACUGACUGUUUUAAGCAAAACUGCAUAUCCAAAGUUUAAAAUAAAUGCUUAAAUUGCAUGAACUUUGCUUAUCUCAGAAUGACAAAGGGAAUAUUUUGCCU